AUGCCUUUGAGUUUGAGUACAAGAGACAAAGAAUUUUGCAGCAAGUGGAAGAAAUUAUUGGACGAUAUUGACGUCAUUGUGGUUCCAACAGCUCCAUUGACUCCAACCAUUGCUGAAAUCAAAGCUGACCCAAUAAAGGUCAACUCCAAGCAGGGAACUUACACCAACUUUGUCAACUUGGCAGACUUAUCAGCUUUGGCAGUACCAGCUGGUUUCCGUGCCGAUGGCUUGCCAUUCGGAAUCACGUUCUUGUCACACAAAUUCAACGACUAUGCAUUGCUCGAAUUUGCUUCCAGAUACAUGAAGCAAUACUCCCAGGUGCAAAGAAGAUUUGCUGGCUGUUUGAAAGACCACACCUCGACUAUCAACGACAAUUUGCUUGCACUUCCAAAACCCAACUUUGAUUCCCAAAUAAAACUCGCUGUGGUCGGAGCUCACUUGAAAGGAUUCCAGUUGCACUGGCAAUUAGAAAAGUGCCAUGCUACAUUCAUCGAGUCUACGACGACAUCCGCUUCGUACAAGCUUUACGCUUUGCCAAAAACCGGACCAGUUCAAAAGCCAGGUCUUCGCAGAGUAGCUACAGAUGGUGCUGAGAUUACAGUCGAAGUCUAUGCUGUACCAAAGGAAUAUUUUGGUCGUUUCAUUAGCAUGGUUCCAGAGCCAUUAGGAAUUGGUUCUGUUCAGUUACGUUCUGGAGAAUGGAUUAAGUCUUUCAUUUGCGAGGAAGCUGGCUACAAUUCACCUGGAACAACCGAUAUCACCAAGUUUGGUGGCUGGAAAAAGUACCACGAGUAUCUCGAGCAAGAAUCCAAGAAAAACAAGAAACCAUUCAAUUCCGUCUUGGUUGCUAAUAGAGGUGAGAUAGCUGUGAGAAUCAUGAAGACAUUGAAGAAAUUGAACAUCAAGUCCAUCGCGGUAUACCUGAACCCCGAUAAGUAUGCCAAACAUGUGCUCAUGGCAGAUGUUGCUGUUCCAUUAAACGGAGUUUCUGCAGCAGAAACUUACAUCUCCAUUGACAAAAUCAUUGACGCAGCAAAGUCUACAGGAGCCGAAGCAAUUAUUCCCGGUUAUGGUUUUUUAUCUGAAAAUGCAGAUUUCUCUGAUAGAUGUACUAAAGAGGGGAUUGUAUUUGUUGGACCUGCUGGAGAUGCCAUCAGAAAGUUGGGAUUGAAACACUCGGCGAGAGAAAUCGCUUCUGCCGCUGGUGUUCCGUUAGUUCCUGGAUCCGGUCUUGUGAAAGAUAGCAAGGAAGCUAAGGAGAUUGCUGCAAAGUUGGAGUAUCCAAUUAUGGUCAAGUCUACCGCCGGUGGAGGUGGUAUUGGUUUGCAGAAAGUUGACUCUGAGGCUGAUAUCGAGAGAGUUUUCCAGACUGUGCAGCAUCAAGGAAAGUCCUACUUUGGCGACUCGGGAGUAUUUCUUGAGCGUUUUGUGGAAGACGCUCGUCAUGUGGAGAUUCAAAUGUUCGGUGAUGGUUACGGUAAAGCCAUAGCUUUGGGUGAGAGAGAUUGUUCGUUGCAGAGAAGAAAUCAAAAGAUCAUAGAAGAGACUCCUGCGCCCAAUCUUCCUGAAGCUACCCGGGCAAGGAUGAGAAAAGCAGCAGAAUCAUUAGGUGCUACAAUGAACUAUAAGUGUGCUGGUACGGUUGAGUUCAUUUAUGAUCAAAGAAGAGACGAGUUUUACUUUCUUGAAGUUAAUGCCAGACUUCAGGUUGAACAUCCUAUUACUGAAAUGGUUACUGGUCUUGAUUUGGUGGAGUGGAUGUUGUACAUUGCAGCCGAUAUGCCACCUGACUUUGAUCAAAAAAUCACCGUAACUGGUGCCUCGAUGGAGGCUAGAUUAUAUGCUGAGAAUCCUGUUAAUUUACUUCAUGCCAUCCCCAGGUCAAUUGACCGAGGUCAAGUUUCCAGCUGGGCUAGAUUGACGUUGGGUAGAAAAGACCACGUUUCGCAGAAUACGACCCACUCUAGCCAAAUCAUUGUUCACGGUAAAGAUCGUGAUGACGCUUUGCGCAAGUUACGUCAAGCUUUGAACGAAACAGUUGUCUAUGGGUGUAUUACCAAUAUUGACUACUUGCGUUCGAUUGCCGAUUCCAAGAUGUUUGAAGAAGCCAGAGUAGCUACGAAAGGUGUUGGACUCUUACAAGUAUCAACCUACAGCAUUUGA